AGUGCAGAAAGAGGCAGAUUUGUGUCGUCGUAAUCGAGUGCGUAUAUUCCAGCGGAAAACAACCGUCGAAAUCCGAUCGUUUGUGACCGUCGGUCCAUGACUGUUCAAGGUAUAAUCCAGAAUUUUGUGUAGUACUUUAGUGCAUCAUCAUACGAAAGGUGUCGAGUGACCCCCGUCGCGAUUGCUUUCGGUGGGAUAUGUGUGCAAGUUGAGAGAUAAUAUUUUAAUUGGUGGAAACUUUUACACUUUUGGUGCAAACUAAAACAUAUUUGUAAACUUCCGUGCAACCUUUGCAGUUUAAAUUUGAGUGGUUUAUUCCGAGUCCUGCUGUCUACCUGCGUUUUGAUAAGCUACCUUUUUAUUUAAGGGAAAGUGUUUUAUGGUAAACUAGUGUUGGCUGGAUAAGCAGAAGGAAAAAAAAAUCAUAGGUAAAGAAUCUGAACCGUCAGUGAUUGCUGUUUGAAGAAAUCUUGGAAUCAUUUGUGACAACAUUUGAGGAUGUUUGCUGCUUAUCAGGAUAGCUCGGAAAGUUGUAACCACUAAUGAAGACGAAGAGUGCAUUAGCCAGAAGCUAUUCCCUCUUGGUGUGACGAAACGAAUUUUAAAGCAUUGGGGUGUUUGUGGAAUGUUUAUGUGUAUCGCGUGUGUAUCGAAAAAAGCCUAAGCUAUUAAGUUACGUGAGUGUGAAUUUUCAAGGAUUUCGUAAUACCGUGUGUUUUUGGUACCUGAUACCAAAUUUUGCUACCGGAGACAGGAUUUUGAAAGCUAGAAAGUGUGGCAGCAUAAAAGUUGAUACAAGCAUUAGAGCUUCUGCCGCUAUUUAUAUAAAUAAAAGUUUGUAAAGUUGAAAAUACUGGUAUUGGAAGCAUAGCAACUUUGCAGCCAAAAUGACACCACGGGCACCGACGACGACCGCGACUAAGCCCAAACCAGAAAAAGAGAAACGAAGGAACAAUGAAAAGCGCAAGGAGAAAUCGCGCGAUGCUGCCCGCUGCCGUAGAUCUCGCGAAACGGAGAUCUUUCAGGAGCUGGCCGCACUGCUACCGAUGCGCCAAGAAGACGUAGACCAUCUAGAUAAGGCCUCGGUGAUGCGUUUGUCUAUCGCCUAUCUGCGGGUUCGGGAAAUGCUCGAGCUAUUUCCUAGUAAGAGCAACGAAUCGAAGAAGGAUGCCGCGGCGGGCGAGUCAAAUAGCUCAACAGAAGACGAACUGAGCGGUGAUGACGAAGAUGUUAAGGAAACCAAAUUGGCAUUAGAAGAAUUCGUUGUCGAGAGUGAAAAAAUUGCUCUCCAAACAUUGGAUGGUUUUCUGUUGGUUCUUUCCGCUGAUGGAGAUGUAACUUAUGUUUCCGAAAAUAUUGGCGAAUAUUUGGGCAUUUCACAAAUCGAUAUCAUGGGGCAACCGAUCUGGGACUACAGUCACCAGUGCGAUCAUGAUGAACUUCGUGAAGCGUUGAACGGAAGGCACAGCCCGGCAGAGAUUAACAAAGGUGUAGCCAACGGUGACUGCGCUCCACUGCAGAACCGUGACUUCUUUCUACGUUUGAAGUGUACCCUUACCAGCCGCGGGCGAAGCGUCAAUAUCAAGAGUGCAUCGUACAAAGUGAUCCACGUAACGGGACACAUUGCGUGCAAAGACAACGGCCAACGGCAACUGGUGGCCGUUGCGCGCCCGUUGCCGCAUCCUUCCAACAUUGAAAUUCCGUUGGACUCGAGCACUUUUCUAAGCAAACACACGUUGGAUAUGAAGUACAGCUACGUUGAUGAUAAAAUGCGACCCUUGCUAGGGUAUGAUCCGUCGGAUUUGAUGGGAAAACCAUUGUACGAGUGUCAUCAUGGUAUCGACUCGGAGCAUUUGUUGGCAACCUUCAAAAACGUGAUCAGCAAAGGCCAAAGCGAAACGGCCCGGUACCGGUUUCUGGCCCGUACCGGCGGUUACGCUUGGGUCGUGACGCAGGCUACGCUUAUUUACGAUAAGCAAAAGCCACACAGCAUCGUAUGCGUCAACCACGUCAUCAGUGGUGUCGAAAACAAAGAUGAAAUAUACUCGUGUGCUCAACUGGAGGCACGUCAGCAGAAAUCAACUACGGAAUCGCCAACAUCAGUCGCUUCGGAAGCAGAUUCUGUCGCAGUGACGGACACUCCAGUGAAGACUAGUGAUAAAGUGCUGAGAGAAAAUAUUAAUCACAUUAAUACUGAUAAUCACACUACCAAACCCGAACUAUUGUCGGAAGAUACAGCGAAGAAGAAGUCACUUACGGAGGAAGUGAUUAAAGUGCUUGGAACUGGCAAGUGCAUCAUUCGGAAAGUUACUGCUGCCAGUGUACCACGCCCAGUGUCUGUGACGGCAUCGAUUUUCAAUCCUGUGCCGAAGAAGGAACUGCCAGCCGUUGCGAUAAAUACUGGUGAUAAAACAACAACAACAACAGCCCUACUACGCAAGGUUCCCCAAUCGGUCACAGCAAAACUAUUUGUGACGUUCAAUCCACAAACCGCUGGUGGUGGAGCACCACCAGACCCGGCUUCGACCGCUGCCCCGGUCAACUGUAACAAACCAAAACACGCGACCGAUUCCAUCUUUGCCCCACGCACGCAAGAUAUGAACAAAGGGUUCUUGAUGUUCUCGGAAGAGGAGCCAGGAUUGACAAUGCUAAAAGAUGAACCUGACGAUUUAACUCAUCUGGCACCGACUGCAGGCGAUGCCUGUAUACCUCUGGAAGAAACCGGUCCUUUUUUCAACGAUGUAUUUGAUGAUUUUAUGAUUGUCGACAAUUAUCAAUCGCUGCUGGAAGAUGAACUGAGCUGCCUGGAGAGUGCCGAACACAGACUCGGAUCCAGCGGCAGUAUAUCGGUCACAUCGGUGGCUUCCCCCUUAACAGUCAAUGGUACUAUCACAAUGGUAAAUCAUCACAAUCCACAGAGCAGCAGCACCGCAAGCAGCCAGUUCUCGUCACAUUCGUCGUUGGGCACCGCAUCGCCGUCGCCGUCGCUUUCGUCGUCCUCUUCGUCGUCCCUUUCAUCGCCCUCUACGGCAAGCUCUCCGCUGAACAUGUCAGCCGCCUCGCCCAGCGGAACGUCCGGCAUCGGGACGGUUUCCUCGUUGGGCUCGGCAUCGGUGGUAUCACGUAGUUCUUCCACCGGCCAAAACUGCCAUACCGUCGAUCCCAGCAGCAACGAUCCGUUCAUCAACUACCGGGAUGAGAUCUGUGAAGUUAGCCAUUCACCGCAUUUACUGUCGCCCGGAUUGUCAAAGAGUCCAGAGGGAAGCAGUAUACCAUCACUGUGCAGCCCGAACGGUUCUGGCUGCCCGGAGGAUGAGCUUGCAUUUAUGACUUUAAAUAUGGAGGAUGACUUGGACCUGUCGAUGCGGGCUCCGUACAUAUCGAUGAGCGAAGUGGACGAUCUGCCGCUACUAACGAGUGAUGAUUUAAUGUGGGGAGCCCCACCGGUGUCGAUUGACGGAACCACUGGUGCCGGCAAAUAUACAAUGAUCAAGCAGGAAUAUCCUGCCGUAUUGCAGCAGGCAAACGCAACAAUCAGCAGCGGUAAAUCCAAACCUGCAAAUGCGCGAACCGACCUCAGCAGCAAUAAUAGCACCAGCAACCUCAAUACGAGCAGCUGCAACAGCAACAUCAACGACAACAAUUGCAAUGUCGGAAACAAAAUCAUCGAUUCCAGUCUAGCAGCACUGCUGUGCGGCAACGUUAUUAACAUACAAACGUCGACAAUACAGCCAAACAGCAACCACCAACAAAUUUUAAUACAACAACAGCAGCCACAAACCAUCACUACGGAACAACAACAACAACAGCGGGAACUUAUUGGCGAGAAGAAAAUUAAGCUUAUCGAAUCGAAUAUGUUGCACCCGAUGUUAGUCAUAGCCCCGGGAUUUAAAUCCAGCAACACGAUCGAAACCUGGACCAUGAACGAUCUGCUACAGCUGAACGGAGCUGGUACUACUACCGUAAGCAAUGCAUCAACAACGACAACAACCUCAGUAACUGGUAGUCCCAAAACGAAUGCCACCGUGACAGCGACCUCGGCUGUGUCGAAGAAAAACUCCACUCACAGCAGCCAUACCUCAACGAUGCCGGCCACCAACUCACACAAACGCUCCCACACGACCUCAGAAAGUGGCGGUGACACGACGAGCAAGCGUGUCAAGUCAACUACCUCGGUCUCUACACUUCAACAGCAGCAAUCUCCGACAUCAUCACCCCAACUGCUCCAGCAGUUGAUGGCUCCGUCGCCGGUCCCCGCUAAGGCAAAGUCUAAGUCCAAAGCCGGAAUCGAGCAAUCAGAGCAUCGGUGGGCAGCUGGCAAACUGAACGGUUUGCAGGAGCAAUCGUCUAAUUCGGUUUUGAUGAAUCUGCUCGUCAGUGGAUGCGACAACGUUGCCGAGUCCCCUCCGCAGUUACUGAUGACAGAGGAAGAAUCCAAUCAAGGUUCUACACAGAAGAGCAGUGGGCUAACCGAUGAUGAAGACAGCGUCCCGAUUUUGGCUAACCCGAUGAUGAGCAGUGGCACACCGUUGACCAUCCAGACCGAGGACGCUUCGCUGAUCCUUGGUAAACCCUCGGAAACACGCAUGGACGAAGAAGAUGACUUCAUGAUGACCGUUUCGCCAAGCUUGCUGACACCGACAGAUCUGGAAAUUUGGCACGCCUUCAAACAGAAUUCUUUCGAUCCGAAAAGGAUUUCAACUCCCACAACAUACGGAGGUCUGUUGCCGUUGACCGGCAGAACUUCGCUAGAAAUGCAGAUGAACCUGGAUGAAGCAGGCUGUGGAAGCUUGCUGACCGUUUUAGAUCCGGCGAUGGCCAUAAGCCGCAUGAGGAGUGAAGAGCCUGAAGAUGAGCAGGACUUUGAAAUGACCAUCCCGGUCAAUGCAAUACUGCAGAACAGUCUCAUUUGAUUGUGUGAAAAGUUUUAAUUAUUUUUCGUUUUAUUCAGACAACUUUUAGAAGUAAUUUGAUUCAGCAGCUUCAAGCUGCUACUACAGUACAUUUAACGUGUGUUUUUUAAGCUAAUUCUCUCGAAAAUAACUGCAAUUUAUCAAUUAACUUUAAAAAAUUUCGGUUUGCAAUUGUUUUGCAAUGAAAAAUAAUAUUUCUCUUCGGACGCCAUUAAAAACAAUAUUAAAAACUUUUCUCGAUCUUUUCGGUUGUACGUUUAUGAAAGUUUUAUAAGCCAGAGAAAACAUGUGGUUCAAAGUAAACGAUAAUGCUCAGAAGUUAUAUAACAAAAAAAAACAUUUUUACAUUAAUAAAUAAAAAAGGUCGAGUGGAGUCUUUCCUAGUUGAUAAAUGAUUGUUAAAACAAAUGAUUUUUUUCUAUAGUUUUAUGUAUUGUUGUUCAAGUCUAGAUUUAAUUGAAAUGUGUGUGCUUAGAUUAGUUUGUCUGAAAUUUCAUUUUCUGGGUGAAGGUUAAGAUAGAAGUUUUGAUUUUUUUAAACUAAAGUACAAUGACACAACAUGAGAAUUUCAUAAAUCGAGACUAAAUGCACCUCUGGCCUUCAAAGUGCUUCAGCUUGUAAAGGCUUCGGUAAGCUUACCGAGAGUUGGUACAUUUUUUUUAUGUUGUUACAACUAAAUAAUCUCACUUGGUGUAUGAAGUAAAAGUAUCGCAUUUUAACAAUCGAACAAUAACCAGGUUGUACACUCUCUAGAGCACAAAGGUAGAUGUUUUAUUAAGCUACAAUUUAGGAAAUACAAAAGCAGGAAAAUACUACUUUCCUAUAAUUUCUUUUUUUAAUCCGUCUACAUGUACAAGUUACCAAAUGGAAAAAAAUAAUUAAUAGUGCAUUUGAAAUGUCAGGCAAAUUAAGAAAAUAUUAAACACAUUUUUGAACGCGAGUGGUAACCCUGCAUUUUAAACACUUUUUCAUUUCUUUUUAUAAAAAAGUAUACUCUGUUCCAUCAAUGUCAUUUUAACGGAUGGACUCAUCAUCUAAUAAAGAAAGAAAACUUCCAAUGACACACAAAAAACGUACUAACGUUAUUACCCGAUGCAAAAACAAUAUCUAUACAAUAAAGCAUGGAAGCAAAUCUUCCUUCUUCUAUCCACAACUGUAGAAAUAUAGCAUGUAUAUGUAACUGUACAACAUGGAAUUAGUGUUAAU